AUUAUAUAGUACUCCCUCCUGCCACUGCAUACCACGGCCAAUUUCACAUGCACUGUGUUGCACCUUGUGUGAUGAUUUAGCGUGCAAAGCUUUGCCGCUUUCGGCUGCUUUAGCGGGUUACAAUGCCUGUGGCCGCUAACAUUGGUCGCGUGUGGGCGCCCGUUUCCGACCGCGAUGCACUAAAGCCAGCGCCUAAUUUGGCCCGAGGUAGGCACUGGGGAUCCCGAAAGGGCGGGUCGCAGCAGCAGCCACCGCGUAUGCGCUCCUUACCUAUUGUGUUCCCCAGAAGAUCAUAAUUCAUCUCCCUGAUCUCGCACCGUGGAUUUUGUCUUUUGUGCAGCUUGGCAACUUCAAAAUAGCAUCAAAACCCGCAUCAAUAUUCCCUCCGCAGCAAAAUCAACCGCUCAUCUGCGUUUCCGCUUUCGUUUUGAUCGAUCCCUCUCGCGGGGUCCUGACGCCAUUGACACCUGCAGUAUCGUGCCGAGGCUCCGCGUCCGCUCUGUUUUAAACUUUGGACCCUGUCGCUGCUAAACUGCUUCAUCAACGGCAUUGACGGCACAACAGAAGCACUUCGUUUGGAGGCAACACAUUAAAAUGUCGGACUCUGUCGAUCGCGUCUUCGUCCAUGCCCUUAACACCGUCAAGCGCAUCCCGAAGACGGGCGCUGCGAGGCCGCCGCCAUCUGAGCGACUUCGUCUAUAUGGACUCUAUAAACAGGCCAUGGAGGGAGAUGUGGAUGGUGUGAUGGAACAGCCAAUGGCCGGCGCUGGGCUGAAUCCCGAGGAGCUGCAGCGCGAGAGAGAUAAGUGGGAUGCAUGGAAUUCCCAAAAGGGCCUGACACGUACCGAAGCAAAAAGACGAUAUGUAGAAGCACUCAUCGAGACGAUGCAUCGAUAUGCAACCACAGCUGAUGGUAGAGAACUUGUCUCCGAACUCGAAUUUGUAUGGAACCAGAUUAAGCACAACAGCCCCAGCUCGACCGAUUCAUCACCGCAAGGAGGUGCAACAUCGUCUUCACGUCGAUUCACUCAACCAAUGAGUGGCAGCGACGGACCUAUGAAGGUGCUCAGCCCGAUGAGCGAGCAGGACGAGGCGGAGCUACGAUCUCAGCGACAAAUGGAACUAGAGGAUAUGGAAAUGGGACACGAUAUUGGAAAGGGCUCUAGCCGCUGGCAACGCAAAAUGGAACAUGCUUUGAUGAAGCUCUCUGCAGAGGUGGCGGCGCUACGCGAGCAAAUCACUACAGGGCGUGAAUGGCGAUCCAAGAAGGACAGGAGCUUCCCGUCCUGGCUGGGCUGGGUUGUUUGGGUUAUUAUGAAGCAUCUUGUGGUUGACUGUGUGAUUCUGGCCAUCAUCUUGGUCUGGAUGCGUCGCCGCAAAGAUCGCCGCUUGGAAGAUCUCGUCCGUGCAGCGUUGACUCUUAUCCGCGAAUACGUUCGCAAAGUCCUUCCCUCGAGGUGAGCCUGUGCUCAGUAGCCUCAUUUACACAUCCCUCUAUCCACGUACCGCAUACUACAUGCUAGUCUGGAUAUGCUCUGGGGUUAUUCAAGCUCGCACACUAGAUGAGCUUGGCGAACCUCGACAUAUCCUCUCCUCCACGGCAAACUGCCUCUCACUUCUCGUACCGCACGACAUUCAUGAUCUUCAUUUGAGCGAGCAUUUACUUUCUUUUCUGGUUUACUUUUACAUCUGCUUUCAGUUUUGGAGAGUUGGGCUGGUGUUACCGAUCCUCGAAAAACAUGUAUCUCAUUAGACUGGGGAUAUAUCUGCGGUCUAUAUGCAUCAUUAUAUAUUUACAGAAACUGUACAAUAUUACUAAUAGAGAUUUCUUCCUCUU